GGUGCCAUGGAAGCCAUUUUCUAUUCGCCGUGCAAGAAUUUGUCAGAUCCAAUCAGAGGGGCCUGGAAAAAAAAAUGGAGGCCAACAUGGUCAAUACUGGUGGAACAACUGGUUCGGUUCAAGCCCAGCUUGUUCAAACUACAGGACCUAAUGGACAACCAACAUUUCAGUUGAUUGCUGUAAAUGGAGCACAAGGAAACCAACAACCGCCACAACAACAACAACAGCAACAAAUUACUUUACAACAAGUUCAAACGAACAAUAUUGCAGGAAAUCAGUCGCAACAAAACUUUGGUAACACGUUUCAACUAGUUCAAACUGGUAAUGGACUUCAACUGCAACAAUCUAACAACACACCUUCUCAAUUGGUAAUUCAACAACCACAGCAACAACAACAACAACAACAGCAGCAGCAACAACAAGUUCAAUCUGUACAAGGCAAUGUCACCCAACUAUUAUUGCAAACUGACAGCAAUAAUUCCAACUCUGCCCAGCUUAUUCAGAUUGGAAAUAACUCGAAUCUCACACAAAGCGGGCAACAACAGAUUGUAUUACAACCUGUAAACAACACAGUUAAUGCUGUUUCAUCUGUGUUACCUUCCAAUACCUUAAACAUUGCUAACUCAAGCUCAAUACAAAAUGGUGGAGGAAUAAUUAUGAUGAUCCCAAAUGGAAGUGGUGGGUUUCAAAGAAUGCAGUUAGCGCAAGGUGCCUCUGGUAGUAGUGACACAUUAGAGGAAGAACCAUUGUAUGUAAACGCAAAGCAAUACCAUCGUAUACUGAAGAGGAGACAGGCAAGAGCUAAACUAGAAGCAGAAGGAAGACUUCCAAAAGAAAGAAAAAAAUACCUUCACGAGUCCCGACACAAGCAUGCCAUGAUGAGGAAUCGAGGAAAUGGUGGAAGGUUUAACUCCGGGCUUGGGAAGGAAGAAGAAAUGGGUUCCUUUUCACAAGUUGGUCACCCCACCACACAGAGCAAUAUAAAUGUCAUCAAUCCAUCAGUUUACCAAGAAAGUAGCCAAGAACAAGCUUUAUUAAAAGGAAUUAUGGAUGAAAGGACUAAUCAAAGUAGUUCUCCACUGGAUGUUAUGAUGCAAAACUCUGGCCUUACUUUAAAUCAACUCCCUACCACAACCGAUACUAAUGUGGUGACUUUAGGGGAGUUAUACCACUCCACUACUGCCAAUGAUUAAGUGAUUUUUUUCAGAUUUCAUAUUUUGUGUAUAAUACUUCAGCCAAGAUUAUGAGAGUUCAAUAAUUGUGUUUAUGGAGCAUUUGUAUUCUGCUUGCCCGUUGCAGAUUUGUUGUGUACUUUUGUUUUAUUAUUCUGCUAUUUUCCUGUUCUUCACAUUGAUUAUACGUGACCAAGUGUUUUACGUCCUUAAUAGUGCUUGUGCUUUUUCAUUUUUGUAACAAAAAGGGCUGAGUAA